GCAUUGAGAGUAGGUAGGGUUUCCCCCAACAUUAAGAAAAGUCAUCAUUCAAAUGCGCGGUGGGCGAGGAGGUGGUGGACGUGGUUUUGGUGGUCAUGGUGGUAGCCGAGGCCGUGGCGGAGGCCGUGGUGGGAGAGCUAGUGGCCCUAACAGAAGCAACGGCAAGCCCGUUAUCAAGGGAAAUAUAUUCCUUCCUCAUGUCAGGUUUCAAGGCUGUUACUUGCUAUCGGGGAAGGACACCCUUUCUACCCGGUCUCUCGUGCCUGGUGUGUCGAUCUACGGUGAGAAGCGUAUGAACGGGACGGUAGCGGGGGAGACGGAGUCUCACGAGUUCCGUGUGUGGAACCCCUACCGUUCUAAAUUGGCUUCCGCUAUUUACGCGGGUGUUGAGCACAUUUAUAUGGAACCUAGUUCUACGGUGCUUUACCUCGGUGCCGCGAGCGGAACCACGGUUAGCCAUGUUUCAGACCUGGUAGGCCCAGAGGGGUUAGUCUACGCGGUGGAAUUUUCUCAUCGCAGCGGACGUGACCUGGAGGAGAUGACCAAGCGCCGUAAUAACAUCGUACCUAUCCUUGAAGAUGCUCGGUAUCCACAAAAGUACCGAAUGCUAAUUCCUCAUCUUGUGGACUGUAUUUUUAUGGACGUUGCGCAACCUGAUCAGGCGCGCAUCCUGGCUCUCAAUGCGCAGCACUUUUUGAAAGAAAAAGGGGGAUUUGUGAUUUCGAUAAAAGCAAACUGUAUUGACUCUACCGCUGAUCCUUCGACCGUUUUUGCAUCUGAAGUUCAGAAGCUCAAGACCUUAGGUCUUCGUCCAAAGGAGCAGGUUUCCCUGGAGCCGUUUGAAAGAGACCAUUGCGUUGUCAGCGGGAUCUAUAAAAACCCACCACAACAUGCGGAAUAAAUAUCUAUGUUUCGUAUAGUUUCUUAAAUUGGGGUAUUUAACUUGAAGUAAUCGUAAACGUAUCUUAAGCCAUUUAAAUCCUUUUUCAUAUAAAUAUUUAUCACCUUUUCGGUUUCUUAUAUAUAUAUAUGCAUA